UGAAAAUGAUAAGCAGAGCAAGAAGAAGAGCCGAUGAUGACUACACAGUCUGUCUAACUACACAUAGAUCUUUACCCCAAUCGGGCAGCCGCCCGCGAUGACUCGGGACCUAUAGAUUGAUCGAUUCCGGAUUCACCGCCUUGAUAUGCCGGUUCUGAACUUAUUCAUGUGUUGAUGGUUGAUGGUUAACGUUAAUGGAUACUACUACUCUCAUCAACUCACGGUUCUUCAGGGAACAGACUGUCCAUACUAUAAACCAACCACACCAUGUCGCUUCCUCCGCCCAUCCCGGUCGAUCCGGCCAUGUUAGUGGACCAGCCCCAUCCCGAUUUCGACAUCGACUCUGACUAUGAAUAUGAAUAUCAUCCCACCGAAACUGAGACCGUCUAUCUCACCCUUGACCUCACGUCUCUCCACGGUCCACUUCGACCUCCUCGCCGUCGACAACCUUCCGCGACUGCCGCCUCAUCAGCAUCAGCAACAGCCACCAACAUCUCCGACGAACCCGAUGCCGCUGAGUUCACCCAUGUGGAGUCCCCAUCCGAUGGCCUACAAAUCCUUGGGCUUCACACCCCUAAUCCCAUAAUAUCAUACCAGAACCAGAUCUUCAGCGGCACCUGGGCCGAUCAACUCGGCACCGACCUGAUCUUUGCUCGUCCAGACGAAGGAGGGGGAGGAGGAGCGGAGGAACAACCAGGGGAGACUGCACCGUACGACCCGUAUGGUACCCACCGCACAGAGCAACCCGACACUCCUCUCCGUCACGGACACACCUACGACCUUCUCGCCGCCCCCAGCAUUAAGAUUAUAGGCCGCAAAGCCAAUCUCAUCUCCGCUAGCCAAUCCUCGGCGUCUGACUACCCCCCUGCUGGCCUCACGCCCCCCGUAUCAACAACCGGGAUUAUCCGUGCCCCCAAUCACCCCGCAAGCAACCAAAUGCGGUUCCUCGAACGUCUGGCCAGUCUGAAGCGAAGCAAGGGAGAGACCGACACGGUGCGCACCGUCUUCAGCACCAAACGGAUCCAGUCUGACCAUGCAUCGUCGAUGGGCGGGCGGGCGCUCGGCUGGGCGCGCACCGACGAACAGCUGGCGGAAAUCCAGCGCUUGAAUGAGCUGGCGUUGCAGGGUGAUGCGGUUGCGAUGGCCGAGCUGGAGGCGCUUUACACCCGGCUU